UUUUUAAAGACUCCGGUUCAAAGACGACAACUUCUGUUUUGUCUGAAUUUAGAAGCAGAACAUUUAACGUCUGGUGUCGGCUGAGAAUACCACAAUAAAGUCUGAAUUGUAAAUAUUCUUUUAUUUGAAAACACGUUGAGUUUUUAGUAAGUUUUGCAGCUGGUUUUCUGCUGUGAGGCCUCCUUAGAAACAGGGUUUAAUGGAUAUUUCCUGGUGAAAACUCGGUUGAGGUGGUUCUACUCUGAGGCAGCCGGUUCUCAGCUGCUGCAGCCACCAUUGGGUUCUGUCAGGCUGUGGUCCACAUGUUCUUUACUCCGUGGGAUCACCUGGAAAGUCCGAAAGCGGAUUUUAUUCAUUUUUGUUUGUGCAGAGUGGAGAAACCCACCGAUCAGCUGAAUCUGAAGCAGAUAACAUACCGAGGAUGGAGCAGUUUGUGGUCGCCACAUAAUGAUGGGUGGAGGAGGUUCUGUUUGGGUCUUUAAAAUUAUUAUUACUCCCAGAUCCCAGAUAAUGAUGGUACUUCUAAGAGCUAAUUGGACCUGAUCCGACAUGGGUCAAAAUCCCUGGCUGUUGAUUUAAUCCCUCAACUUGAACAAGCUUGUGACGUCAGCUCGGUUUGCAGCGCUGAGGUUCUGAUCGGGUCGCACUACAUCCCUUUCCACCUCAAGGGAAACCAUUCAGAUCUGGAACUCUGGUCCUGAUUCUGCUCCCAGACCUGAUGGGACUUUUGUUUUGAAAGUGCCGGAAACACCUGUGAAGAUUACAGCAGCUUCCGGUGUUUCUCCAGCCACGGUCCACGUCAGAGUGGAGCGGAGCCGACACGCAGACAACCCGAAGCAGAUCAGAUCCGAACCGUGGGAUCAUGGCGGACGAGGCCACGCGCAGAGCCGUGUCACAGAUCCCGCUUCUGAAGACGCACGCGGGUCCGCGUGACCGCGAGCUGUGGCCCCAGCGCCUGAAGGAGGAGUACCAGGCUCUGAUCCGCUUCGUGGAGCAGAACAAGGCCGCCGACAGCGACUGGUUCCGCCUGGAGUCCAACCCGGAGGGUACGCGCUGGACCGGAACCUGUUGGUUUGUGCACCAGCUGCUGCGCUACGAGUUUCGCGUGGAGUUCGACAUUCCGGUAACGUACCCGGAAACGGCGCCGGAAGUGGCGGUUCCGGAGCUGGACGGAAAGACAGCCAAGAUGUUCCGGGGUGGGAAGAUCUGCCUCACCGAACACUUCGCUCCGCUGUGGGCGCGCAACGUGCCGCGCUUCGGGAUCGCGCACCUCAUGGCGCUCGGGCUCGCGCCUUGGCUUGCGGUGGAGAUCCCGGAUCUGAUCAGCAAAGGUCACGUGGUCCACAAGGAGAAGCAACGCGACGUUGCGGAGUGACGUCAGAGGGUUGUGUCCGGCUGAAGGAGGCAAUAAGUGAUGGAAGAGGUGAAAAUAUUAACAGGGUUCUGGUUCCGGAAGUCCCGGUUCUGUAACCUCUAGCUGUGGAAGAUGUCAUUGUGUGGCAAACCAACGUCUGUCAGUAAGAACUAAAGUUCUACAGGAACAUCAGUUCUGGUUCUGGAUCCACUGUCAUUCUGGAACACCUCCUGCUGUCAGAGCCAGAUUUAUUCAGAAUGAGUUCUGGUUCUGAGUGACCAUAUGGUUUUGUAAAAUUCUGCUGUCAGUCAGAACACAAAUUGUAUAGAAAAAUAAAAGAAGUUCUGGUUCA